AUGUACGGGCUCUUACUAGAAAAUAUGGCGGAGUACAUCCGCCAGACCUAUGGCGAAGAGAGAUGGGAGGAUAUUCGACGCCAGGCAGGCGUGGAACAGCCCUCAUUUUCGGUUCAUCAAGUAUAUCCAGAGAAUUUGAUCACAAGACUUGCAAAGAAGGCGCAAGAGGUAUUAGGCAUAACAGAACGCGAGUUUAUGGAUCAAAUGGGAGUUUACUUCGUCGGCUUCGUUUCACAAUACGGCUACGAUAGAGUUUUAUCUGUUCUAGGCCGUCAUAUGCGUGAUUUUUUGAAUGGACUGGACAAUUUACACGAAUAUCUGAAAUUUAGUUAUCCCAGAAUGAGAGCGCCGAGUUUUAUCUGUGAAAAUGAAACUCGUCAAGGCUUAACAUUGCAUUAUAGGUCGAAACGAAGAGGUUUCGUUUAUUACGCAAUGGGUCAAAUAAGGGAGGUCGCUCGUCAUUUCUACCACAAGGAGAUGCGAAUAGAGUUACUUCGAGAGGAACUUUUAUUCGACACCGUGCAUGUAACCUUUCAGCUGACAUUUGAUAACCGCGCUUUUACUUUGGCGUCAUUGGCCAUGACGAGAGAAGAAAAACAUUUGCCUAUUAGCGCAUCUGUGCUGUUCGAGAUAUUUCCAUUUUGUAUUGUUUUUGGUUCGGACAUGGUAGUGAGGAGUAUUGGCAAUUCCCUUAUGGUCAUCUUACCGGACUUAGUUGGCAAAAAAAUAACCAACUGGUUUGAUCUGGUUCGACCGCUAAUCGCUUUCAAGUUUCAAACAAUCCUUAAUCGAACCAACAACAUCUUCGAGCUGGUGACGGUGGAGGCUGUGAUGCACGAGAAGGCGCCCGACAAACGGAAUGAGCUCAUCCGACUAUCAGAUGAAUCCGACUGCGCUACAGAUAAAAACUUACGAUUGAAAGGUCAAAUGAUCUACAUGGACAAUUGGCGUAUGAUGAUGUACCUCGGGACGCCAGUGAUGCCAGACCUCGCGGCAUUGGUCUCCACCGGCCUCUAUAUUAACGACCUCUCCAUGCACGAUUUUAGCAGAGACCUCAUGUUAGCUGGUACUCAACAAUCUGUCGAGCUAAAAUUGGCCUUAGAUCAAGAGCAGCAAAAGAGCAAGAAGUUAGAAGAAUCCAUGCGGAAGUUGGACGAGGAGAUGAAAAGAACUGAUGAACUUCUGUAUCAGAUGAUACCGAAGCAGGUUGCUGAUAGAUUGCGGAAUGGGGAAAACCCGAUUGACACUUGCGAGAUGUUCGACAGUGUAUCGAUACUUUUUUCCGACGUGGUCACUUUCACUGAGAUCUGUUCCCGCAUCACACCAAUGGAAGUAGUAUCAAUGCUCAACGCUAUGUACUCCAUAUUUGACACCCUCACUGAGAGGAACCGAGUAUAUAAGGUAGAAACUAUAGGAGACGCUUACAUGGUGGUUUCCGGUGCACCCGAAAAAGAAGACAAUCAUGCAGAGAAGGUUUGCGAUAUGGCUCUCGAUAUGGUGGAAGCGAUUACUGAUCUUAAAGAUCCUAGUACAGGAUCUCAUUUAUCAAUACGAGUUGGUGUUCACUCCGGAGCGGUAGUUGCCGGUAUCGUGGGUCUGAAAAUGCCUCGUUACUGCCUUUUUGGAGACUCUGUCAAUACAGCGUCUCGCAUGGAGUCCACGUCAGAGGCUAUGAGGAUUCACAUAUCACAGACCACCCAGGAAUUGCUAUCACCGUCAUAUAUAGUGACUGAACGCGGGGAAAUCCAAGUCAAAGGGAAAGGUGCAAUGAAAACAUAUUGGUUAGAAGAUCGAGAGUCAAGACCAUCUCUCACAAAAAUGAUAUCAUCACAGAUCCCACCAGUCUCUGAACUAGAAUGGGAAAGAGCCGCUGACGCCAGAGACAGUAUCGCUGAACAUUCAGCUCAACAACUUAAUAAUAAAGAAGUUCUGAAUAACUUCCACCUCCCAAAUGCAAUCAAUUCUGGUCCUAAUUCUUUAACAAAUAAUGCCAGUAAUGCUUUAACAUUCCAACCUUCAACUCCAACUAUGAAGAGCCCAAAUGCACCAACAGUGACAUCACCUGUAGAAGAGAGACGGAUGUAUUCUCCAGUCACUUUCCAAGAUGUCGCUAGGCGAAGUAUUGCAAAUUCUCCUAAUAGAACUGAUAAGGACAACGAAUCGAGAUCGAACUCAGCGAGUAUGGGAGGAGCAUGGACGGAUGCCGAAUCUCUAGAACCACAGAGGACUCUUGACAGCUUAAAUUCAUCGUUUUGUUACAGUUCCACGUCCCCUUGCAGAGUCGGCACUGCGCCGGUUUUAAAAGACACCGACAGUAACUUCUUCACAGAAGCUGCGUGCGUAGCGCGCAUGUCGCCCGCGCACUCGGCGCCCGCCGCGCCGGCGCCGGCGCGACCGCGCAGCGCCUCGCCCGCGCCGCCGCGACACAGCGCCGACGACAUCGAAACAGACACAGAGUAUCAAGAUGCGCACACAGGUACUCACAUAUGUACGAUAUCGGAAAACGUCGAACCACCCAAACAGGGGAAAGUUGGGCGAUUCCGAGCUAGAAUAGCACCAGGACACCAUAAAUCGUGUACAGCUCACAAACAGACAAACAAAGAUUCUAUAAAAGAGAAACAAAUAUCAGCGGGAAACGUUCUACCCCACGGUCAUCACCAUACGAAGAACGUCAAUCAUCAUCAAUGUUGUGGAGCGUUCGGUAAUCCUCAUGUAAGGCACAAGUCAAGCAGCUCAAGCUGUCACUUAAUAUAAGUUUUAUUAUCUGUAGUUAGUAAUUUAUUAUUAGAAAGACACGUUUUAUUAAAAUCAUUGUAGAAUAGCUACGUAUCUUUUGUCACUGUCACACAUAAUACAAUUCAAUGAGAGAGAGGGGUGGAUUUAUUUCCAUCACCUAUUAUUGUUAAGAUUCGAAAAAAUUCCAUCUCGCUCGGCACUCACACAUCACAAUGAGUGAGAAUAAGAAGAAUAGGUUUCGUGCGUUCAUUUUUAAAUAUCGAAUGAAUCAAAAUAUCACACAAGCUUUUUCUCUAACAGACACAUGGAAAUUCAACUAGCAAAAAAAAAAUGCUUAUUUCAAAAAUAACUUUAAAUUUGUUCCUCCACAUGUAGUUAUGUGUAUAAAUCAAUAUUAUGCGUGCAAAGAUAUAAUUAAUUAUAGAUAAUAUUUUCGAAAUUAUAUUUAUUGUCUUAACAAGAGAUCUAAUUAAAACAAUUCAAAUACAAACAAGGUCCCUUUACUUUGUUAUUAUACGUAGAAGUAUUUUUCGCCCUAAGGCUUUAUCUGUAUGCAAUGGAAAGUUUAGAAGUCAUAGAGAAAGUAUUUUUCUAUUUAAACAAAACUUGGUGUGAAUUCAAAGCUAUGCGGUUUCAAACAUUUUUCUAUAUUCAAUUCAAGUAUUAUUAUAGAUUAAGGAACAUUAAAAUUAUGGGUUCAUACAAAUAUAACAGAAAUAGAGCUAAAUAAAUUUGUGUUAAAAGGACGAGUAAUAAGUAAAGCUUUUAAACCCUUUUCGUCACCCACCUAUCGCGUAGCUUCGAGGUAUUUAUUACUGUAUAUUAAAAAUAAAACCUUUAACUAUUUUAGACUUUAAGCUGUUCUACUUUAAUAGGUGUAUAUGCACAAUUUUGAACUUACCAUAGAUAAUAAACAUUUAUCAUUGUAGUUUUAUGAAACGUCUAUUGUG